AUGCACUUUGUUUUGUUUACAGCACAAAUUGAAGUGAUACCAUGCAAAAUUUGUGGUGACAAGUCCUCCGGAAUACACUAUGGAGUCAUCACAUGUGAAGGCUGCAAGGGAUUCUUUAGGAGGAGUCAACAGAACAAUGCCUCAUACUCCUGCCCAAGGCAGAGAAACUGUUUAAUUGACAGAACCAACAGAAAUCGUUGCCAACACUGCCGACUGCAGAAGUGUCUUGCCCUAGGAAUGUCUAGAGAUGCUGUAAAAUUUGGAAGAAUGUCCAAAAAGCAGAGGGACAGCCUGUAUGCCGAAGUCCAGAAGCAUCAGCAGCGAUUGCAGGAGCAACGGCAGCAGCAGAGCGGUGAAGCCGAAGCCCUGGCCCGCGUCUACAGUAACAGUAUCAGCAACGGUCUGAGCAACCUGAACAAUGAAACUGGUGGCACUUAUUCCAAUGGGCACGUCAUUGACCUGCCCAAGUCAGAGGGUUAUUAUAAUGUGGAUUCUGCCCAGCCCUCCCCAGAUCAGUCUGGCUUAGACAUGACUGGAAUCAAGCAGAUCAAGCAGGAACCUAUCUAUGACCUCACUUCUGUACCAAACUUGUUUACCUAUAGCUCUUGCAACAAUGGGCAAUUAGCUCCAGGGAUAACCGUGGUGGAAAUAGAUCGAAUUGCACAGAAUAUCAUUAAGUCCCAUUUGGAGACGUGUCAGUACACAAUAGAGGAACUACACCAGCUAGCCUGGCAAACCCACACAUAUGAAGAAAUCAAAGUAUACCAGAGCAAGUCAAGAGAAGCAUUGUGGCAGCAAUGUGCAAUCCAGAUCACGCAUGCCAUUCAGUACGUGGUGGAAUUUGCAAAGCGGAUAACGGGCUUCAUGGAGCUGUGUCAAAAUGAUCAAAUUCUACUUCUCAAAUCAGGCUGCUUGGAAGUGGUUUUAGUGAGAAUGUGCCGUGCCUUCAAUCCACUCAACAACACUGUUCUAUUUGAAGGAAAAUAUGGAGGGAUGCAAAUGUUCAAGGCUUUGGGUUCUGAUGACUUGGUUAAUGAAGCAUUUGACUUUGCAAAGAAUUUAUGUUCCUUGCAGCUGACCGAGGAGGAAAUUGCCUUGUUUUCAUCUGCUGUUCUGAUAUCACCAGAUCGAGCUUGGCUAUUAGAACCAAGGAAGGUCCAGAAGCUUCAGGAAAAGAUUUAUUUUGCACUUCAGCAUGUGAUCCAGAAGAAUCAUCUUGACGAUGAGACUUUGGCAAAGUUAGUAGCCAAGAUACCAACCAUCACUGCACUUUGCAACUUGCACGGAGAAAAACUGCAGAUGGUCCUCCAGCCCCUUCUUAAGAACCACAAAUGAAUAAGGAUUCUGCCAUUUCCCUAGGUAAGUUGUUCCAUUGUCCAACCAUUCUUUUUGCUAGGAAAAUCUUUUUGAAACUAAUCUGAUAUUUCCCUCAGUGACACUUAGAAACAAUUGUUCUUCCUUAUUGAGGAGGCACCUAAUAUUUCUCCAGUGGUAACUAAUGUAUCAGUAAUCCCUAAAACAGCAAUCUGAAUGUAUAGUGACAUGGAUUGAUUGUGCUCAUCUACUAGUAUUUUAUAAAACUAAUCCAUCCGCUCAGUUUACAUAAAAAUAAACAAGAAACGCACAAACAUUUGUGAGGAGAAGUGACUAGGGUGUGGCACUCAAAAAAAGUCCUCCACAUUACUGCAGAUGGUGAGGAUAAAACUGCAUACAGUGAGUUUAGUAGAUGUAUAAUACUUGCCUAUUUUUCUCAUCCCAAUGGUUCAACAAAGGAUGAGUGAAAGACGACGACAUUGGAUAUAGCAGCAAUAAAAUCUGAGUGUUAAUUUUUUUUGUAUGAACAUUUGCAGAAAAUGUUUGCUUUGCACGCUGUCUUCUGUAAGCUAACAAAAAGAAAAAGCUUCAUCUACUGUAGAUAUACCAGUGUUGAUAAUUUUGUUUUACAUAUUUGUUGGAUUUUGGAGGGGUGGAGCUGCUAACUUGCGACUGAAGAUACUGCUGUUGAGUGAGGGGGAAUGUAUGUUUGUUUCUAGAAAAGGCAGAGACCCUUUAGCAUCAAUAUGCAUUGGCAACAGUCAAGUAUGUUCAACGGCAAAUGGAGUUCAGACAUAAUUCGGGGGAAAUGUUUUCCUUGUUUUGUAUUGCAUUGCCACAUUGGUCCUUUAUUAUUCAAGCAGCAAAAGCCUCAAUCUAUUGAAGAAUAGUAUGGCAAGAUGGGCUGCUGCAAAGAACAGACUUUACCAUUAAGAGUGUUCUACUUAAAACAGAUUAUUAAAGAAAAAGCACUUAUAUUUGUCUCUGGGUAGAUUCCCAGCUUAAUGAAUCGAAGCAAAAUAGAUUAGUCUGUCAGCUUCUUCUAGGGAUCAAAUGCACUAUGAUUGUGGGGUUUUUUUUCCUUCUUCAAUGUGUCACUUCGAUGUCUGAAUCAGGCAAAAAAAAAUGUGUUAUUUAAUAUGAUAUUCUAUGAUAACAUGACUUUUUGAAGUUCUGUCAUGUAAACAUGCAUUCCUCUCUGGGUGAUGGGGAUUUGCUCCUGCACUUAUUUUGGAAAGCCACUGAAUGGCAUAACAAAUGUGGCUCUCUUUGCCUCUCCAGUUCCUGCAGCAUGGCCUACAGCAUGCCAGAUGCAGAGGCACGGUGAUUGUACUCGCAGCCAUAACUAAAGCACAACCCAAGUAUACUGAGCUUUCCAACCCCCAUUUGAAGCACUGUAGGUAGGAACGCUGCCAUACCUUUCAACUAACUUUUCCCCCAGGGCUGCUUCUUACAUUCCUUUUGGAUACACUCACAUUAGUCCAUGGCCAGCUCUUCUAUUGAAGGGGAGGAAUGUCACUCCUACAUAGUGAAGUGAAAUACUUAGCAGCCAAACAUUGCUAUGAUGGAGGCACCAUUUUAUGCAGGGAGGCAGCAAUGAUAAGGCAAAUAAAGGGAGUGAGAAGAACUGCAGCACUGCCUGGGGAGGAGAUGGAAGCACAAGAUGGGUGUAAAACAAAGCCACUGCCCAGGGUACCGUAAUGGCCCUGGAUAAAGUACACUUACCUCUAAGGGGUAUACAUAUCUGUCUCUCAUAGCCUAUGGACUGUUCUCUUUCAGGACUGAUAGAGGAACAAGAAGUGAUUGGAGCAAGGCUAUCAGCAUGGGUUGAUUUUUGUUUUAUGCUGUGGCUACUGUUUGUGUGAACCAGAGGCUUAGGCCCAGGAAACUUUAGAAGCCACCUUCUCCCUAGGGUCCCAGUACAAGCUUGGCCAUCCAUGAAGAACACCUUCUACUGAUACCAUCAGUGUGCUAAGUUCUGUAAAAGUAGGGUACAAAGAAUGUAAUUCUUUUGCCUCUCUGUUAUGGAGCACCAUCAGACCUGCCAAAGUCUGAACCAUAAGCACUUCAAAUCCUACCUGCUUGGGCUCAUCUUAGGGCCUUAAGAUUAAAUCAGAAAGAUAGGAGAAUUUAAUUGCUAAUAAUUGGCUAUCCCCCUUGAAUCUUAUACACACAGACAACAAGCCAUGGUGGAUCAUCACUUCCUGGAAUUCCUUUGAAAUGUGGAUAAACCAGGCUAUAAACCAGAAUAGUCUUCAGGCUUCUCUGUGAUGUAUCAGAGCAUUCACAUGAAUGGUCAUAACCCUACUAAAAAAAACCAACCCUCAAAUCACUCCAUGAUGGCUUUGCUACUUUGGUUCUUUAGCUCUCCCAUCAUAAUUGUUCAUAUUCUCAAACAUGAAUGUGAAUCUCAAGGAUGUAGUUUAAAAAGCAAUGCCAGAAGCAGUCCUCGGGUGACUACCAAGUCAAAGUAAUUUGAUCUGGUUAUAAGUGAGAGACAAUUUACUUCAUUUAGGAACUGGAAUACUGUACCUACUAAAUCUCAUUACUUACCACUCAACUCUCUCCUGUCUGCCUCAUUGAUCAACACUGAAGAAAAUCACAAACAAAAUAAAACCUGAGUAUGUAUUGUAGAAAUGUAGAAGACAAAUACAAUAUUUUUUCAAAUGGAAUUACUUUUAAUAUAUACUCGCAGAAGGUCUAAUACUACGUAUGCUGUCUGUAAUUUUUUCCUGUAAAUAACUUUGGGACAGUAAAAACACUGAUUUUUUUUCUAUGUCUGUUUAAGCAUAAGACUUUGUAAUGCUUUUUUAAAGAGAAAAAAAAACAUCAAAGAGCAAAUUAUGUACUUGCUUCCUAUGAGUGUAAUGUACUCUUCAGUUUUUUAUGGAAACUGAUUGUAAUAGAUAAAGCCUUUUGAACAGCCUUGGUGUUUAGUGUCAUACUCCUGUUUUAUAACAGAGAGGGGGGCAGAGCUGUCGAUGAACCCUGUUCCAAGUCAGAUUCUAACUGAACAUUGUGCCGAGACCCACAGACUUCAAAAAUUCCAUUUGCAAGACUAUUACUCAAGCAAAUGAUGAUUCCCUUACAGCAUAUGGGAGCAAUCUAUUUGGGAAGUUGUUUGGCGCAGGUCCCAUUGAAAUGAAUGAGAGCUGUAUAAGACCAGAGUACUGCACAAUGCUCGUAGGGCAUACCCAUAGUGCUGCCACAAUUCAGUGGGAUUUGCACAGGAAAACAUCCUGGUGGAUUGGGGUUUAUGUCUUUUGACUAGCCCUUCCAGUAUGAAUUAAUCCUUCUCUCCAGUGAACAAAAUAUUUUUGUACUCUUUCCAUUUCUUAUUUAAAUCUGAGGUCAGAUCACUCAGUAGCUACAAGAUGAAGCCAUAACUGACCUUCACCAAAUAAAUGUUUUAAGGAUCAUAAUGGGACAAAAUAUCUCCAGUGUAGUAACAGCUAUGAAAAGGGUGUGGGGGGGGGAGGCAGGAGCAAAAAUCAAGUGCAAAUGUUUUGGGCUGCCUUUGCAGGUACCCAGGUUUGAUUUUCAUGGCUAGUAUUUUAUGAUGACCCAUUUAUUUUAAGAAAGAUAUUUAGAUUUAAAUAAAACUUUCUAAUAUUUUUUGAAAAAUCCCUAGAAAUGCUUCCUUGCUUUUAGAAUUAUGAGAGAAAUCAAUUUUCAUAUUCUUCCAAGUUUCAAAGUUUUAAUAUUUUUAUCCUAUUUCCAGUAAUUUUUGUUAACGUGAAGUGAGAUGUACAUCUCUGUAACUUUGGAGCCACAAGUUAUUUGGUGCUUGGCUGUAGCUGUUAUUGUUGUGAGUUUAUUUUAUCUCCCUUUUAGGAGUAGUUUGCAACUUUAAUCAAGCAUGUUCACCGCCGUUGGGGGAAAAAUGCAUCAGAGUUGUGUUGCCGAUAAACAAACAUAUACAAAAAUGCCCAGUUGGAAAAGUUCACUUUAAAACAAUUUUAAGAAUGAUUUUCUUGAACAAAGCACUUCAUAGCCUCAAUAAUUUUCCCCCGUGAAGCUUAAUUGUAUGACAAUAUGAAUUACAACUGUAUUUUAUUGGCCUGUAGAUGAAGAAAGCAAACAUACAAACAGUUGACAUAAAACAUUUGUUUGACAGCUGCAGUUUCCUUCUGAUCUCUCUCUCUCCUUCUCUCUCUCUCUCUACACUUUCUCCCUUGUUUAAUAUUUAUGUGCACGUGAGUAAAAAAACAAAACUACAGCCUGAUUCAUUUAGAAAGUGACCAUUUUUUUUCUUAUAAAUGUUUUAGGACCAGCAUCCCCCCCAUCAAAAUUUUUAAAAGGUUUUAUAUUUCUUUAGAAUGUAAUAGCUUUUUUGUCUUAUUUUUGUCCUGUAAGUUAUUAGUUCAAUACUGUUAGCAUUCCAUAAUAAUGCACACAUGAUUUUUGAAUGUUUUCUGUAUAUGACAAUCAAUGUUGAUGAAGUUCCUUUCUUUAAUGCUGAACAAAAUUAAAAAAUGCAUAAGAAAACAA